CUCCCCUCUUUAAAUACCGUUAAAUACUUACGAUUUCGGAAUUAGGGUUUUCAAGUUUCCUCAAUAUUUUCUCCCUUCCCCUUAUUUAUUCUUGGUAAAACUCCUAAUUCCUCGAUUGUUGGGGGAGAAUCAGAUUUGAUUUCCGAUUUUGUGGAUUCGUUGAUGGUGCAGUUGAUGAGUUCCGGGAAUCAAAGGCCAGAUCGCGAUGUCUCUUCCUGCCGGGACAAGCUCCCGGUGAAGCUAGAGAUCGUCGAGGAUCCCUUGGAAGAAGAAUUUGGUCCACUGAACAAACGAUCCAAAGCCGCUACUGAUCUUCAUCAGUGGGGUUUUGAUGGAAAUGCGUUUGCAAUCCCGCCAUCGCAAUACAACCCACUGGAGGAGCCUAGUCCUCUGGGUUUGCGGCUUAGGAAGAGUCCAUCACUUUUGGAAUUGAUCCAGAUGCGCCUAUCCCAAUCUCAAGGCAGUGCAUCCUGUGAGCAAAAUGAAAAUUUCAGCUACGGACAGACGGAGACGAAAUCCGCUGCCGCCACUGACAAGCUAAAAGCCUCCAAUUUCCCUGCUUCCAUUCUCAAAAUAGGCAGCUGGGAGUACAAGUCAAGGUAUGAGGGUGAUCUGGUCGCCAAGUGUUACUUUGCAAAGCAUAAGCUCGUGUGGGAGGUUCUUGAAAAUGGGCUCAAGAGUAAGAUAGAGAUACAGUGGUCUGAUAUCGUGGCCAUAAAGGCCUCCUGCCCUGAUAAUGGACCUGGGACACUGAACAUCGUGCUUGCUCGACAGCCUCUCUUCUUCAAGGAGACUAAUCCACAGCCCAGAAAGCACACCUUAUGGCAGGCAGCAGCUGAUUUUACAGAUGGCCAAGCUAGCAUACACAGGAAACAUUUUCUGCAGUGCCCUCAAGGAAUGUUAAAUAAACAUUUUGAAAAACUCAUCCAAUGUGACAUGCGUUUGAAUUUUUUGAGUCAACAGCCAGAGAUAACAUUGGAUUCACUAUACUUCGAGAAAAGAAAAGCUGUUUUUGAGGAUCCUGGUGAAUCCAAAGGUGAAGAUUUUGGCGAGGUGAAUACUGGAUUUCAGAAAAUAGCAUCAUCAGCUCCAGUUCAGUCAUCUUCUUUAGAGAUUGAAAAUGGUGAUUCUACUGGUGUAACAUCAGAACCUGUGUCUCUGGAAGCUCCUUCUUCUAGCUCAGUGAUAGGCACUAGUGCUAUUGAAGUGAAUGGAAUUUGUGACGCUGUGGAUUCUAAGGGACCAAAGAAUUUGGACCAGAGAAUAAUGCCAGGACUUCACCCAUCAAUGUCCAUGAACGAUUUUAUGAACUGCAUUGAACAACAGAUCUCUGGAAAUCCAUCAUCUGAAAAUAGAUCAGAACUGCAGGAAAUGCUUGAGGAGAUUGCUCGGAACCUUCUAAGUGACACUCAAUUUACAGCAGCUUCUGAUGAGAAAUCACUCAUGUCAAGGGUCAAUUCUCUUUGUUGCCUUCUUCAAAAGGAUAGUGCCACAGGUACGAACUUCCAGGUUGUUGGAGAGGAUUGCGCUGGUGAUGGAACAGUUGCUCAGCUACACAGCACUUCUGAAUCAGUGCUUGCUAACAAUAGUAAGGUUGAUAUCAAGCCUUUCGAAGGGGAUACAAAGGAUGUCUCUGGUAGCAAGCCAAUAGCUGGAAUGUCAAGGAAAGACUCAUUGGGAGAUUUCCUGAUUCAUCUCCCUCGAAUUGCCUCUCUCCCAAAGUUCUUCUUCAACAUUUCAGAAGAAGACGGUCAAAGUCAAGCUCAAUAGUUUUCUAGUUCAUCAAUUGAUUAGGUGACAACCUAGUUCCUCAAACCUCCAUCACCCAACUGGAAAGCUUGCUAGUUGUUAAGUAUAUAUCCAAUGUAUGUGGAGUUGUGCUUUAUUUUGGUUAAACCUGGGAUGUACAGGGAUUCUGAAAUUUCUUUUGAUGAUGAAUCCUAGCACGUCCCAUGUAAAAAUUUCAGUAGGUAUUAGGUGCUGUGGCAAAAAUUUGUUUAAAGCUGAAUGCCUCUUGCAGACAGCUAUUUUUCAAAUUUGAAAUCGUCAAGGUAAAUUUGGGUUGGGGUAUUUGUUGACGAGAGUUAUGAGUUUCGGUGAAAGACUGAUUAUUGGAAUUUGAAUAAAAAUAUUGUUGACAA